AUGAACGGCUACUUUGGCCAGACCGCCUCUUUCCUGACUGCGGCUGCAGGCUACAUGCGCCUGCCAGCUCUGGCUUCAACGGGCAUCGUGGCCAUCUUAACCUCUCUCCUCUACUUCAAGCAAAAAGCACUCAUCUACCCGUCGCAUAUGCCGCCCAACUCGCGAACCGACAUCCCUCGCCCUACGCAGUUCGGAAUCAAGGACUUCGAAGAGCUGGUCAUCCCCACCGACGAUGGCGAGAAGCUGUCGGCUUACUACAUCCGCGGCCCCCGUGGCGGCAAGAACUCGAAUGUCACAAUCCUCAUGUUCCACGGAAAUGCAGGCAAUAUCGGUCACCGCCUCCCCAUCGCACGUGUCUUCAUCAACAUGAUUGGAUGCAACGUCUUCAUGCUCGAGUAUCGAGGCUACGGCGCCUCCACGGGCGAGCCAGACGAGGCCGGCCUGGGAAUCGACGCCCAGACGGGCCUCAACUACCUUCGCGAGCGAGCAGAGACGAGGAAUCACCGGUUUGUCGUCUACGGCCAGAGCCUCGGUGGAGCCGUUGCUAUCAAGCUAGUGGCUAAGAACCAGGACCAGGGCGACAUUGCGGGUCUGGUGCUGGAGAAUACUUUUCUCUCCAUGCGCAAACUGAUUCCUUCCGUUCUCCCUCCUGCAAAAUACUUCACCCUGCUGUGCCACCAAGUAUGGCGCAGCGAAUCUCUCUUGCCGUCCAUUACCAAGGUUCCAAUCUUGUUCCUCAGCGGACUGCAAGAUGAGAUUGUCCCUCCCAGUCAUAUGACCCAACUGUACAAUGUCUCCACCUCCUUCAGCAAGACGUGGAAGGCCUUUCCAGGCGGCGAUCACAACUCGAGCGUGCUGGAGGAGGGAUAUUUCGAGGCCAUUUCGGACUUCAUAGCCGAGACCAUAAACGACGCCCCCUCCAAGGAGAGCAAGGACGAGCGAUAG